UCCUCUUUGCGCGGCAACUCCGAACUUCCGCCUUGCCGUUUCCGGCGCGGCGAGAGCGGUUUUUCGAUCCUGUCAAAGGCAACUUUUACCGCGCGAGUAACGGCAGCCUUUUGGGACGGGUUUCAAGUGGAAGCCGCCCUUUCCCGCUCCGGGUUUCUCUUGCCCUCGGCCCGGUUUCUUCGGCAGGCGACUCCUCGAGCAAAUAUGCCUAAUGUGAAGAAGACAGCUAGAAAAAGGGGUCCUCCAAAGCGGAAGCUUGCCGAAGAAUUCCCUCCUGGAGAAGUCUUCACCGACCUAUUAAAGAAAGAAUGGAAACUUGGCCAAGUUAUAGGCAAAGGUGGCUUUGGCUGCUUGUACCUUGCUGAUGUUAAUUCUUCAAAAGCUGUCACCAGUGAUGCACCUUAUGUGAUAAAAGUGGAGCCCAGUGACAAUGGACCACUCUUUACUGAAUUAAGUUUCUACAUGCGAGCUGCUAAACCAGACCUGAUUAAAAAAUGGAUAUCUUCGCACAAACUGAAAUACUUAGGUGUACCAAAGUACUGGGGUUCCGGUUUGCAUCAAAAGAAUGGCAGAAGCUAUAGAUUUAUGGUGAUGGACAGAUUUGGGAAAGAUCUUCAGAAGAUUUUUGAAGAGAGAGGAAAGCGGUUUACUCGCAAAACUGUAUUACAGUUGGGCUUGAGAAUACUCGAUGUUUUGGAAUAUAUUCAUGAACAUGAAUACGUGCAUGCCGACAUCAAGGCUUCGAAUCUGCUCUUGGGCUACAAGGCUCCUCAUCAGGUCUAUUUGGUGGAUUAUGGCCUUGCUUUUCGAUACUGUCCUAAUAACAUUCACAAGGACUAUAGAGAAGAUCCAAAACGCUGCCACGAUGGGACCCUUGAAUUUACUAGUAUUGAUGCACACAAGGGUGUGGCUCCAUCCAGGCGUGGUGACUUGGAAAUUUUGGGUUAUUGUAUGGUUUGUUGGCUUAGUGGGAGACUCCCUUGGGAAGACAACUUGAAAGACCCUAUUUAUGUCAGAGACUCCAAAAUCAGGUAUACAGAUAACAUUGAACAGCUGAUGUCUGAGUGUUUCACAAAAAAAGAUGAACCAAAUGAAAUAGCCAGAUAUAUGGAGAGAGUAAUGGUUUUGUCCUAUACUGAAAAGCCACCAUACCAGAAGUUACGAGAAAUACUUCUUCAAGGUCUCAAAGACAUUGGUCAGAAGGAUGAUGGUAUAUUGGACUUCGAAAUCACAGAGAAUGGAGAUGUUCCAGCAAAGCCUGCACUUAAGAAGAAAAGAAAAUUAGCUGCUGUGUCAGAACCAGCUACCACAGAUGAAGACAGUGCUGAAGUAGAUGAUACAGAAAAUAUCAAAAAAAGAAGACCUGUCUCACCUAAGAAGGGAGCCAGGAAACCCAGAUUACAGAAGACCUUUCCCGAAGCCAAGACAACCCUGAAGCCCAGGAAGAGAGUUCAGAAGUAGAGAGGCCAGGAUAACGAAUGUGUACUUAACUGGCUUUAUUAUGUUUUUUUUUCCUUUUGCAAUUAUAUUUGGCUUUUUGGCCCGUUUUUUUGCGUAUAUGUUCAUCCACUGUUGCAACUCAGUGCUUCAUUGUGUAGUUGGAAUUCGAAGAAUAAAUGUUUUAAGUCUUUUGUACAGAGUGUACAGUUUAAUAGGAAUGCAGAGGUUUUCAAAAUUCUUAAACGGCUGCUUUUGCACACUUUUGCAGCUGUUCGUUUUUUUAAAAAACAAAACUUGAAUGAAAAUAAAGUCUUCAUUUUAA